UGGUGCUCCCAGCUCAGCCCUGGGGCAACGAUGGGAAUUGCCGAGGCCGUGGCAGGAGCAGGGAAAUGAAAGCUGUGUGCGCCUGCUGGUUCUCAGGAGAUGCAGACAGCUUCCCUUGGCUCCCCGUGAGACCCCUUCCGAGGAGCGCAGCACAGUGCUCGGGAGCCAAGGAGCCAUCGUCCAUCUGCACCAGGGCACCGCGCAGGCUGCAGGGUUUGCUGUAACCUCUGUUCCUUCCUGAAUCUCACAGCGUGCAGCUCGCAGGAUGGCCUGGCAGGAAUUCGUGACAUCAGCUGGUGAGCCAGGGCUGCUCCUGGAUGCAGCACCGAGCUGUGGGACGAGGGCAGAACACAGCCCAGGGACGCAGAGUGGGCUCAGUGCCAUCCCCAGACACAGCUCUGCUGCUGUUCCCUACCAGCAUCGGCUCCUCAGCACCCCUGGGCAGAGCAGCAGGGUGCAGCCUUGGGUUCCGGGAACUGAAGCGGUCUGUGUGCAGAACAGAGAGAGCUGACGGCAUCCGGCGCUUAAUUGGGUGAUAUUAGGUCAGAUCUGGGAAAGGGAGGAGAAAUGUGACAGCAGGUCGUGGCAGCAGCUGGCUCUUGGCUUGCUGUCAUGCAGCUGUGAUGCUUUCUGAGCUCCUUCUUUUUGCUGGUGAGGCAUCUCAGGCCCUCAGCACCAGGAGCAGCAGCCGUACCCUGGAAACUUGUGUGCAUGCAGAGAUCCACAGCCUUAUUUGGGAAGCAGCCUCCAGGGCACGGCCAGCACUGUGCUGUGUCCUUCCCUCUUGAGCAACACUCGUUUCCUUCUAAGAAACUGCCCUGGGUCAGGCAAUCCAUGCAGAGCCCAGGAAUGCUCUGGGGAGCUGUGCGAGGUGAUGAUGGGCUCUGCAAUUUGAGUCUUAUGUUGCAGGAGGAGCUGCAAGCUUCCCACUGGGGCUUGGCGCGGGCCCUGGGGAGGCUUUGGCUCCUUGCAGGCUGCUCCUGGGCAGAGCCCUGCGUUCAGAGAAGCAAUACCUGCUCACCCUGACGUCAGGCUUCCCACAAGAUGCACAGAUCCUCUCCAAGUGCGUAAUGGUUUUCAGUUGCAGCCUGGCUGAACGCAGCCGUUGUGGCUCGGGAUCAAUCUGCUAAUGCUGAAAUCCAACACUAAUAUUUCUGCAGAGCCUCAUCAUCAGGAGGCGUCAUAUUUAAUGGCUGCUCUCAUCUUACAGCUCCUGUGAGCCAACAGGGCAAACAGUGCAGGGCCCAGCAGCAGCUGGGACAUCUGGAGGUGCAGUGUGGGGCAGGUUGUGCAGAGCACAGUGCUGGUGGAGCAGCAGGGUGCUGCUUCAGCUGGAGGUCAGGGUGUGAAAGAGAAGCAAUAGGGCCCAGCUCAGCUCCCCAGUGCAGCCCCUCUGGGCUCUUUGAUUUCUCUCAGAGCAAGAGAAGAGCAGGCAGCUGAUUCUAGUUUUGUGUCAACAUUUCCUGUCAGGCCCCAGCAGUUGGGGAUGGUUAACCCUUCCCGACCUGAUCUGAGCACUCACAUCCUCUUGCUGCAUCCCUCUUAUUCCUGCAAGAGGAACUGUCUGUGAGCCAGCGUACCACAAAAACACACAACAGUCACUUGUACACGUUUUGAAAGCCAGAAAUACAGUCUUCUGGAGGCUCUGUGAACCCUUCCUGCUCUGCGAGAGCCCUGCAGUCCUCAGGUACUGUAAGAUUGAUGUGAGCCAGGCUGGAAAACCAGUGCCAGGGAACCUGACAGUGGUUCACUGUUCAGCUGAAGGGAUUUAUCAAGUAAGUGCCUUGUUUUGGCUUGGGUGGUGGAAUCGAGAACGUGCUUAUUGAAUGUGCAGAUGACAUUGAGCUGGGAAUGGAUUCGAGAGCUUUGAGAGCAGGAUUAGGAUCAAAGCAAACUCAACAGCUAGGCCAAACGGUCUGAAAGGGGUGCGAUGCUGCUCAGUGAAGAGAAAUGCGGAGAGUGCUGUUUAGGGGAGAGCAACCAAUGGCAUGAGAGCAGAACAGAAGCUCCAGGCCAUCUCCUGUAGGAAAGGGAGGCUGCAAUCUCCAGGUCCCUGCAGAGAGGAAAGCAGGAGAAGAGGCAGGCAGAGUCCUUUUGUUUCUGGGAGGAAUUUUGGGGUAACAUCUCAGCAGCUUUCUUGUGUUUGCUUUCCUUCUCCUCUGGGUUUCUGUUUGCAAGGUGGGUUCAGCUGAAGGAGUGGUUUGCAAACUCUCUGUAGCAGCGAUACUCAGAGUUGGAAGUGGUUGGUUUGGGUUUGGAUGACCUCCAGAAGGAGCUCACCAGCACAACCUGCACUUCCCUGUUGUUGUGACCAUCAGAGGAUUACACAGGCCCACCUCAGAAUCCCCCAUCUGAUAAAUCCAUUUUAUUAACCUUGGACGAGGCACGAGGACAAAGCCUGAUUGAUAUUCACAGUGGCACCUGAGAACCAGACGCUGAUUUUAGUCUAGACCCUGCUUUAUUACGUGAGUUUCUUUGCGUGUGUCUUUGCCUUCUCCUCUCUGUGUUCAGCAGUGUUCCCAGCAAUCACUCUGCUUGUUUCCCAGCAACACUUCCCUGCAUCUACCAAAGAGCUCAGCUUAUCUACAGAUCCUCAAAUCUUUCAUCUCAUGUCAUCCAAGCCAGGCAGCGUGCUUUCUCUCGACUCUGGGAAGCCAUGCUGGAACACGGGACCCCUUCAUCUGAAGAGGCCAAAGUGGCUGGCAGCUGCCUGGCCAUGAAUCCCCAGUUUGCAGCAGGUCUGACUGUGGCACGCUGCACCCGGAAAGUGUGGGGAUGUUGGUGAAAGGGACGGCAGAGUGGCUGUGAGACCCAGCCCUGGGGAACAGCGGGUGUAUUAUAGCUGAGAAAUGCACCUCCUCUGCCAAAUCCCAUUGUGCAAGAGGGGUUAUUCUUCAGCCUUGCAAGGAUUUCACUUUGUGGGUUCUUUUUUCACUUGAUCUCUGAGACUUGGCAAAGAGGCUGCAAGAAGUGCAAUGGAAAAUUAACCAUCGUGCGUUAGCGGGACAGAGCUCUGCUGCAGUCCAACGUCCAGCUUGCAGGAAAGCAACCAGCUGGCAUCCCACCUCUGCUUGAUGGCUUUGGCUUCCCUGUUUUUCUUAUGCUUUGAACGCUUCAGGGCGUACGGCAGAGUUUAGCAAACGGAGCUGCAUAGCAGUGUUAGGAGGCUCUGGGAAGCAAGUGUUGGGUGUGAUGCUGAGCGAGGCGUUGCCUGCAGAAGAAAAAAGGAAUCUGUGAGCAGAAGCACCUUCCCAACUUGUAGCAGCAGUGCUAUUAGGGCACGUUUUUCUCAGAAAACGAUUAUUAAACAAUUGCCAGAGGUUCGCUGGAGGCCUAAUGACCACGUGGAUGCUGUGAAAUGAACAACUUUCCGUGCUGCCAGGAGCACCUCCCUUCCUGUCCUUGGGAAACGAGGUCCUCCAACAAAUGUUACCAGGCGUUGCAGUGCUGUGAGAUUGUUCUGCUUGCAACUCGCCCUGUUUGGGUGCAGGGUUUUCCCUGACACAUGGGUGUAAUGGCUCUUCCAUCUGUGUUCUUCCCACUGUGCUGCAGGUGGCUGCUGUGGCUCCGACGUGAAGCAGUAUGUGUACGGCGGCUGGGCCUGGGCCUGGUGGUGCAUUACGGACACACAGAGGUGAAGAUAAUGACCGAGAAGGAGCUCCUGGCUGUGGCCUGUGAGCAGUUCUUGGGGAAGAACGUGCAGGAUGUGAAGAACGUGGUCCUUCAGACACUGGAGGGGCAUCUGCGCUCCAUCCUAGGCACCCUGACGGUGGAGCAGAUCUACCAGGACAGGGACCAGUUUGCCAAGCUGGUGCGAGAGGUGGCAGCUCCAGACGUGGGUCGCAUGGGUAUCGAGAUCCUGAGCUUUACCAUCAAGGAUGUCUAUGAUAAAGUGGAUUACCUGAGCUCCCUGGGAAAGACUCAGACUGCGGCUGUCCGAAGAGAUGCAGACAUUGGUGUGGCAGAAGCUGAGCGGGAUGCUGGCAUUCGGGAGGCAGAGUGCAAGAAGGAAAUGCUGGAUGUCAAGUUCAUGGCAGAUACUAAAAUAGCAGAUUCCAGGCGUGCCUUUGAACUGCAGAAAGCUGCCUUCACUGAGGAGGUCAACAUUAAGACAGCUGAGGCCCAGCUGGCCUACGAGCUCCAGAGUGCCCGGGAGCAGCAGAAGAUCCGCCAGGAGGAGAUAGAAAUCGAGGUGGUGCAACGCAAGAAGCAGAUCGAUGUGGAAGAGAAGGAGAUCAUCCGGAAGGAGAAAGAGCUGAUAGCCACUGUGAAGCGGCCGGCGGAGGCCGAAGCUUACCGCAUCCAGCAGAUCGCCGAGGGGGAGAAGGUAAGGCAAGUCCUCCUGGCUCAGGCGGAGGCAGAGAAGAUCCGCAAGAUCGGAGAAGCUGAGGCCUUUGUGAUUGAGGCCAUCGGGAUGGCAGAGGCCGAGAGGAUGAAGCUGAAGGCCGAAGCGCUCCAGAGCUACGGGGAAGCUGCCCAGCUGGCUCUGGUGCUGGAUGCACUGCCUGAGAUUGCUGCCAAAGUGGCUGCUCCGCUCUCCAGGGUGGAUGAGAUCAUUGUUCUCAGCGGGGAGAGCAGCAAUGUGACAUCUGAGGUGAACCGCCUGCUGGCCGAGAUCCCCGCCUCCGUGCGUGCCAUCACCGGUGUGGACCUCACAAAGAUUCCCCUGAUCCAGAAAGCCACUGGGACCCAGGCAUGAGACCCAAAGCGUGUGAAGAUCACUCCCUGUUAUGCACUCCGACAUCAACUGCCUUCAACACUUGGGAAUUCCUUUUAUAUCAGAGACAAUUGGAGUUUCGUUUUUAAGCUCUGGUGCCUUAUUUUGUAGGGCCAGAAAGAUGCAUGUUCAAUCAGCCGCUCUUUUUUGUUACAAAGGGUGGGAGGAGAUUUAUUUUCUAACUAAUUGUAUAUUGUAUCCAGCCGGUGUUUGGCUCUGAUCCACGGUUAGGACUGGCAGCUUGUCUGGUGUUGCUGUUCUCUGUCCUCAGGAGCUCGCAGCAGGGGCUCAGCAAGAUGUGUGCAGGCACCAGGACCUGCUCUGGGCUCCCUGCCCUCCCACUGCGACCCUAUGGGGCGCUGCCCAGACCCCUGCUGCUGCCCACAAGCUGGGUUUGUGGUUGGCUUUCCACAUGUUUGUCUUGCCUGCAGCCUGGGCACGGCUUCCCAGAGGUGGCAGUCCUGGUUGGGUGAUGCUGGGGCACUGCCAGGGCUCAGUGCCAUCUUGCCUUCCCUCAGGGAAUUUCCUGCUGGCCUCUUGCUCAGCCCUGAGCCGGGUCCCUCGGUGCCACGCUGCUCCCCACCCUUAGGCUCCCUGACCUCAAGGAGCGCUGCAAGGCGGCCGAGCUGCAGAAAUCCCAAAAAGCAGCGUUGUGCCAAAGCUGUUUGAUCAUCCCAGAGGGAGGCAGCCACCCAGGCUGCUGUCCCUGAGUGCCACCAUGCCUCUCACCUCUGCUAGCAGAGCAAGGGCCUGAGUGGCAUGGGACGGCACAGGGCACUGCGAUGGGGACACUUUCCUCCUGCAGCACUCCUGCAAACCCCCACCCACCUGGCAGCCCAUGGCUUUGCUGUCCCCAGAGAUGCUGUGAAAAGGCUGUCCCCUCUGUGUCCCCUGCAGUGCCACCAGGAGCGGGCACUGACCUUCACCCUCUCUGUGUCUGUCCUGCUGCCUGUGUUUGCUGUGGCUGUGCCUAAAAACGUUUGCAUGGAGUCCCAGCUGGUGGGAUGGGGGGAGGGGGUCCCAACUUUGUGCAUCCGGUGCCACAGCUCAGUGUCACCCUCUUUGCAGAGGGGUGGCUGCUGGGUGCAGAGACCCAGGCCCACUUUGCCCUGGCAGUGCCACUGGUGCUGCAGUGUCACCUCCCUACUGCUGUACAGGAGGGGCCAGGCCUUAUCAGCCCCCAGCUUGUGGCUGCCAACCCCGAUCUGGUGCUUGCUGAUGGGUGUGCCGGGCAAGGCUCCCUAUCUCAGUGUGUGUGCAUGCCUGCACCGUGUCACUGCUGUGCGAUAAUAAAGCCUGUCACCUCGUG